AUGUCUGGCUCAGAAAACACUAAAAAACCAAGAACAAAGAAACAAAGUAGAAAAUACAUUGUUAUUAAGUCAAAGAAGGGAAAAAAUCCAUAUAUUAAAUUCUGCCAAGAAAAGAGAGAAGAAGUUAAAGCUGCCAACCCUGAUUUGAAACCAAAAGAAAUUACUUCCAAAUUAGUAGAAAUAUGGAAUGGAAUGAAUGAAGAAGAAAAGGCUAAAUUUAAACCAAAGCCAAGAGUUGGACCAAAAGGUAAACUUGCUAAAAAAGAAGAAGAACCUCCUAAAGAAGAAGUUAAAGAAGAAAAAAAAGAAGAAGUAACAAAAGAAGAAAAAGAGAAAUAA